AUGUCUGGCUCUAGGCGGUGUUGGAGGAGAACUCUGCAUUUCUGCCAACUAGUCAGCACUACAGUGUCAAGUAAAAGGAAGGUAUAUUGGAGGAAGAAGAUGGUUCAUUCUGACUUGGAUAUCAAAGAACCUAAUUCACCUGAAUCCAGUCUAAAUGGAAGUGAUGAUAUGGUGGGGGAACGUGAAACUGAGUCCAAGGGCAACCUGUACAGCCAAUAUGAGGAGAAGGUGCGGCCCUGCAUUGAUCUCAUCGACUCCCUGCGGGCCCUGGGUGUGGAGCAGGACCUGGCCCUGCCCGCCAUCGCCGUCAUCGGGGACCAGAGCUCAGGCAAGAGCUCUGUGCUGGAGGCUCUGUCUGGGGUCGCCCUCCCCAGGGGCAGUGGUAUUGUUACAAGAUGUCCUCUCGUGCUGAGGCUGAAAAAACUUGGGAAUGAAGGCGAGUGGAAAGGCAAAGUCAGCUUCCUGGACAAAGAGAUUGAGAUUUCAGAUGCUUCACGGGUGGAAAAGGAAAUCAGUGACGCCCAGAUUGCCAUCGCUGGGGAAGGCAUGGGGAUCAGUCAUGAGCUGAUUAGUCUGGAGGUCAGCUCCCCUCAUGUCCCAGAUCUGACCCUGAUAGACCUUCCUGGCAUCACCAGGGUUGCUGUGGGCAACCAGCCGCUCGACAUUGAAUAUCAGAUCAAGUCUCUCAUCAGGAAGUAUAUCCUUAGGCAGGAGACCAUCAACUUGGUGGUUGUCCCUGCUAACGUGGACAUCGCCACCACAGAGGCGCUGCGCAUGGCUCAGGAGGUGGACCCCCAGGGAGAUAGGACCAUAGGAAUCUUGACAAAGCCUGAUCUGGUGGACAAAGGCACAGAAGACAAGGUCGUGGACGUGGUGAGAAACCUGGUCUUCCACCUAAAGAAGGGCUACAUGAUCGUCAAGUGCCGUGGCCAGCAGGACAUCCAGAAUCGACUGAGCCUGGCCAAGGCCCUGCAGAGAGAGCAGGCAUUCUUCGAGGAUCACACACAUUUCAGGGAACUUCUGGAGGAAGGGAGGGCCACUGUCCCCUGCCUGGCAGAAAGACUGACCAAUGAACUCAUCAUGCACAUUUGUAAAACUCUGCCCCUGUUGGAAAAUCAAAUAAAGGAGACUCACCAGAGAAUAACAGAAGAGUUACAGAAAUAUGGCAAGGACAUCCCAGAAGAAGAAAGUGAGAAAAUGUUCUCCCUGAUAGAGAAAAUUGAUACAUUUAAUAAAGAUAUCAUCUCAAGAAUAGAAGGGGAGGAAUUUGUGGGGCCGCUUGAGUCCCGACUAUUUACCCAAGUACGAGCCGAGUUCUGCAAAUGGAGUUCUGUGGUUGAGAAAAAUUUCCAAGAAGGUUAUAAAGACAUACUUAAAGAAAUCAGGCAAUUUGAAAAUCGGUAUCGUGGCAGAGAGUUGCCAGGGUUUGUGAAUUACAAGACGUUUGAGAUCAUCAUAAAAAAGCAGGUCAAAACCCUGGAAGAGCCGGCUGUGGACAUGCUGCACACAGUGACAGAUAUAAUCCGGAAUACCUUCACAUAUGUUUCAGGAAAACACUUUAGUGAAUUUUUCAACCUCCACCGAACUGCCAAGUCCAAAAUUGAAGACAUUCGAUUAGAACAGGAAGAAGAAGCUGAGAAGUCCAUCCGACUACAUUUCCAAAUGGAGCAGUUGGUCUACUGCCAGGACCAGGUGUACCGGCGUGCAUUGCAACAGGUCAGAGAGAAGGAGGCAGAAGAAGAAAAGAGGCAAAAAUCAAACCAUUCUCAACAGUCCCAGCCCUCAGAGCCCUCCGCAGCUGAGAUCUUCCAACACCUGACCGCGUACCACCAGGAGGUCAGCACGCGCAUCUCCAGCCACAUCCCCUUGAUCAUCCAGUUCUUCAUGCUCCGGACGUAUGGCGAGCAGCUCAAGAAGAACAUGCUGCAGCUGCUCCAGAACAAGGACCAGUACGACUGGCUGCUGAGGGAGCGAACGGACACCCGAGACAAGAGGAAGUUCCUGAAGGAGCGGCUGGAGCGGCUGGCCCGCGCGCGGCAGCGGCUCGCCAAGUUCCCGGGCUGA